AUGUUUCUGGGCAUGCAGGAGCACUACCGCUCCUUGCGGUUCGAUAUCGUGGAUCAUCAAGCUCCUCCGGGCCGUAGCAACUUUAUGGACUUUGCAGCGAGCUCCGGUUUUGCUUUGGCCAUCAUGGCCGUCCUUCGGACGACCGUCGACCAGUCCCUCACCCACUACGGUAUCAAAUGCUCCUCGUUCUGUCAAAUGAAUACGGGAACCUCUCGAAGGUCUGCCUGCUCAUCAGUUGGCUACUCUAUGUACGAUUCGGUACGCAGCGCCAAUUUACUUUUGGAAAGGACAACCUUACUCAUACUCCUGAACACUGCUCUUGGGGGUGCCUGGACCCUUGAGCAGCCCAAAGGCUCCGUCCUGGAAUACUAUCCAUGCUGGAGGAGGAUGAUGCAAGCAGUUUGCGAUCAUGGCGGCCCGUUUGCUGUGGCACGAACCAGUUUAUGGAUGGGCCUAUAUGGGGCAGACACCCCCAAACGCCAUUACUUCUACAGCAACAGCCAGUCUGUGCACCAAUUGGACAAAGGGAAGCUCCAGGUAAAGAAGUUCCAGAAGAAGAAGAAAACAGCGCAUUAUUCCUAUGACAAGAAUAACAAAGCCUGUUGGACCGCUACAAAAGACUUGACUGGAACCCAGACGUACCCGAAGGACUUUGCCGCCGCUAUGGUGCACAUCAGCGAGGAUCUGAUGAAGUCGAGAAGGGGCUGUCCUGAGCUUCCCAGUGAGAUCCCACCGGCUAUUUCGACUUUUCAAGCAAUGGCUUGGGGUUCUGCUUCGGAUUUAUGGGCUUUUGCUUCUUUGCCAGAGGUGUUCCUUUACCUGAGAGGUCCUUGCCUCUCCCUCAGGGUGGUGCAGCGGAGGGGCUUGGGCACUUCGGUUGCGGGAUUUCGGGCGCAGAUCGACAUCAAUCUUGCUCUUGGCGACGAUACACCCGCGACCGCAAUGUUGGCCAAGCCGGACAGUCCACCUCCUAUGUCGCCGUCUACGUCUCUCGCCACGACUGUGCCGGCUGCUGGCUUGCAAGCAGAACACGAGAGUCCGGAGGAAUCCGAGGACGAGAACGAGAAGGCAGAUGCAGCGGCAUUAUCACAGCUGUUGUUUGAAACAUUGCUGGUGGACAGCAGUGAUGACGAACAGCAACGUGACGACCAAGCGAAUGGCACGAAGCGGGCGAAGGUCGAAGACGACGAUGACGAGGACGACGAUGGUAUGAGACAGACGAAGAAACUGAAGGAGAAGCGGGAGCUGACCAGACAGGAGAAACUCCUCCGGGCGGCGAAGGCCCGCAUCGAUCGCAUGUGUGCCCCCAAGAGCAAGCGCAAAGACCUCGAAGUGCCGGCAUGGGUAAAAAACGAAUGGAGCCAGAGCGGUCGAAAGACUGCAAUGGCUCAAGUUCUGCAAGCCGAGAAUUUCGACAAGGAGAAAUUCAUCAAGAAGCUUGAGAUCAUCGUGAGCAAGAAGAGCAAGGCCAAGCUGAACCUCGAUUGUGGCUGGUACAGCGAACAGGAGCUGUACGACGUGCUCAAAUGGACUCGGGUGAAAGGUGCCAUUGCCAAGUGUCGAGCUGAAGGCUUGGUGAGGCUCCAUGGAAUGGCAAUCGGCAGCCUGCAAAAGGAGGUCGCCAACCUGGAGAAGCUGUAUGACGAGCUGAACGAGAUCCUCGCCAAUGCACCUCGCACGCCAACGGACGACGGGGAGAAGUUCUACCAGCAGGCCGAGAAGAAAAUGAAGGCAACCUGCUCGUCUGCAGUGCGGGCAGCCAAGAACAUCGUGAAAGACAUCGGCGAGCAGGCCGCAAGGCAAUCAGGUGGUUUAGUUGAACUUUCCCGCUGUUCGGAACGAGACGCAGAGCAAAGCACCCGGCGGCUGUUGGUAGGGAAGCUGAAGCUUGCUCUUCCAAUACCCUUGAGAGCCCUACCAGUCAAAUUGGAAAGUGGGGAGCCCGAACGCCUUUUUUGCUUGCACCUAUCAGACUGGGCAAAGUUCAUCUUGAAGGCCAACUGUUGGCACAUUUUGUGUGGUCUACGUAAACCAAACGAGCAGCGAGAGCGGGCAAUCUGGACAGAGUUCUGGAGCAAGUAUCGUGCACUGGAGCCAGACCAUCCAAUAUACACGUCUGGUUAUGAUUUGAGCCGGUGUGCAGCCUUGAUCACUCACGGGGACGAAGGACGGUCCAAACGCCGUGCCCCGAUUCUGGUGUGCAGCUACCGCUCAGUUUUGGGGCUUGGAACUAUCGCUGCGACGACAGCCGUGAGCAAAUCUGGACGACGACAGAAAGUCCUCAAAGGCUAUCUGAAGAUGACCACGAACUAUGUCGGGCACACGUACACCAACAGACUUCUCUGUGGUGUGCUUCCCAGGGCUGACUAUGGCCCCAAUGAUGCAAACUUUCAUGUACUCAUGUCCGUGUUCGCCGAGCAGGCCGCUUUCAUGGCAGAGACUGGUGUGCAAGACACCAAAGGCAACACCUACCGAAUGUUUGUUAUCAAGCAUUCAGGAGAUUGGCCAUGGUUACAUAAAUCAGGCUGUUUCAUGCGCUCAUUCAAUAAUUCGCAGAAGAAGGCUGUUCUGAAAAAGCCACCGGCUGGGAUAUGCCACUUGUGCCGAGCGGGGCAAUCUCAUGUCCCGUUCGAGGACUUUCUUACACGUCAACCCAAGUGGUUGACAACAGUCUUCACAGAAAGCCCGUUUGCUACUGUGCCGGAGCUCGCAGUCAUCCCUCAUUGCCCCAACAAGUUGGAAGGAAUGUGGACCUUCGACAUCUUUCACUGUUGGAACCUGGGCUUGGGGAAGAAUUACCUGGGUUCGAUCUUGGCGAUGAUGGCACAGCGUGAAGCAGCGGGAAACAUUGAUCAGCGCUUUGAGUUGCUUUCUUCUCGCUACACCAUGUUCUGUCACGAGCGACGGAUGACAUCAUACAUCAAAAAAAUUUCGAAGGAGCUGCUGCAGUGGGAAUCUACAAGCGAAUACCCCAGCGGCUCCUGGUUCAAAGGAGCCCUGACCACCGUUCUGUUUGAGUUCGUGCAGCACAGGGCCGAGACGGAGGACUUCACCGAUGAUCCCAUCUUGAUGUGUGCACUGGAAGGCGGGGCAGCAAUGCGGGAGGCAUUGCGGCUCAUGUACGCCAAUGACGUGUUUCUUGAUCGUGCUAUCGCUGGGCGAGUGGCAGAGUUGGGACUAAAGUUUUUGAGGAGGUACGCACAAGCAGCUGCCAAGGCCCAUGAGCAGGGGCUGGCAUUGUUCGUGAUCAUGCCAAAGGGGCAUGCAAUUCAGCAUAUUAUGCUUGAUCUCCUGCAUUCUUCCCAGGCAGCAGGCUUCUCCAUCAACCCCAUAGUCUGGGGGGUGCAGGCCGAAGAAGAUUUCAUUGGCAGACCCAGUCGCCUAUCACGACGAACACCCACACCGACGGGAGUGCAACGUGUGAUCGAGCGAUACCUACAGUCUGCAUACCGACAUUGGGUGACAGCCGGGUAUAUCGUGGAAGCUGAGUGA